AGCUCAUAUUCAUAACAAAGCAACAAUCUGGGGGGUUAGAAGUCACCGUCACCUAUGGCCAUUCCAGAGAGAUUUCACAUCGCCACCACCGCCGUCCGCGGGUUAGUAUUAGGUUUGGCAUGGCUCUCUUGUAUGGCCUGGUGCAGCUCUGCUGUUGCACCUGAUUAUUACGGUGACUUUGCUGGAAUUAAAGGCCGCUUCCUCGUUGGAGCAGCGCCUGCCACCCCCACCCCCACCGCAAAGGUUUUCGAUAUUAGAACCUAUGGUGCGAAGGCUGAUGGCACCACAAUUAGUACACAGGCAUUCAUGCAGACGUGGGUUGCAGCAUGUCACUCGGGUGGCCCGGCAAAAGUGGUUUUCCCGGCGGGGACGUUUUUGACGGGGCCGUUGGUGUACGCUGGGCCGUGUGAUGGGCCAAUGACCGUUGAAAUUCAAGGGACAGUGAAGGCAACGACUGAUAUUACUGAAUAUUCAUCUGCAGAGUGGAUUCUAUUCGAGUCUAUCACUGGGUUGAGUCUCAUUGGUAGUGGAACCUUUGAUGGACAAGGUGCAGAAACAUGGAUGUAUAAUGAUUGUCGCAAACACUCUCGUUGCGUUCUUCCCCCCACUUCAAUAAAGUUCAACAAGGUGACCAAUGGAUUGAUGGAGGGGAUUUCUUCAUUGAACAGCAAAGCCUUCCACAUAUUCGUGGUGUUAAGCCACAAUAUAAAAGUCAACAAUCUCCACAUAACAGCUCCAGGUAACAGCCCCAACACUGAUGGUAUUCAUAUAAGCCAAACUGAUGUUGUUAACAUUACAAAUAGCAUUAUUGGCACCGGAGAUGAUUGUGUUUCAAUUGGCCAUGGCUCCACCAAUAUCACUGUUUCCAACGUCACAUGUGGCCCCGGACAUGGCAUCAGUGUGGGAAGUCUAGGAAAAUAUGAUGAUGAGAAGGAGGUACGUGGAAUUUUUGUGUCAAACUGCACAAUAAGAAACACCACAAAUGGACUAAGGAUCAAGACAUGGGCUGCUUCACCUGCUGGCCAAGCUACUAGAAUCACUUUCCAAGACAUUAUUUUAGAUUCAGUCCGAAACCCUAUAAUCAUUGAUCAAACUUAUGGCUCGAAGAAGAAGAAAGCACCAUCUCAAGUGAAGAUUAGCGACGUCGUGUUCAAGAAUAUUCGGGGCACCACAGUGUCCGACGUCGGUGUUUCCUUGCAGUGCAGCGCUGCUGUGCCAUGCGAUGGCAUCAAAUUGGAAGAGAUUGAUUUGGCCUUUACUGGCACUCGCUUAAAGCACCCAACCUUUGCAAAUUCAUGUUUGAAUGCCAAGAUUACGGCUAUAGGAAAACAAAACCCACCAGCUUGUGUUUAGCUUUGUAACAUGUAUAGCUCAAUUCUUAAUUGCAUAUUUUUAUUUUUUAAUUUGUCGAUUGAAUUGCGCAAGUGUACCAACC